GGCGGAAGCCGGGCGGGGAGGCGCGCUGCGUUCCGCGGCUGCGUGCGGCCCUGCCCGCCGCCGCCUUCACCCCCCCCUCAUCCCCCGGCUCCUCCCCAUCCUCCGCGUUGAUGGCGGCGGCGAUUAUGGCGGCGGAGCAGGAAGCCGCGAAAGGCGGCGGCAGGAACCGCGGCGGCGUGCAACGCGUGGAGGGCAAGCUGCGCGCCAGCGUCGAGAAGGGCGAUUACUAUGAGGCGCACCAGAUGUACCGCACCCUCUUCUUCAGGUAUAUGUCACAAGGAAAACAUGCAGAAGCAAGAGAACUAAUGUAUUCAGGGGCUUUGCUGUUCUUCAGUCAUAACCAGCAAAACAGUGCUUCUGACCUGUCCAUGCUGGUUUUGGAGUCUUUGGAGGAAUCAGAUGCAAAAGUAGCAGAUGAUCUUUUAGAACACUUGGCUAAAUUGUUUAGUUUAAUGGAUCCAAAUUCACCCGAAAGAGUUGCUUUUGUAUCCAGAGCACUAAAAUGGUCCAGCGGGGGAUCAGGAAAACUUGGGCAUCCAAAACUACACCAGUUACUAGCAAUUACCUUGUGGAAAGAGCAAAACUAUAGUGAAUCUCGGUAUCACUUCUUGCACUCCACAGAUGGUGAAGGAUGUGCAAAUAUGCUUGUGGAAUACUCCUCAUCCAGGGGAUAUCGCAGUGAGGUGGACAUGUUUGUAGCACAGGCAGUACUACAAUUUCUCUGCUUAAAAAAUAAGACCAGCGCAUCAGUUGUUUUUACAACCUACACACAGAAACAUCCUUCAAUAGAAAAGGGCCCACCCUUUGUUCAACCACUGCUGAACUUCAUCUGGUUUCUGUUAUUGGCAGUUGAUGGAGGAAAACUAACAGUAUUUACAGUAUUGUGUGAACAGUAUCAACCUUCACUGAAAAGAGAUCCCAUGUAUAAUGAGUACCUAGAUAGAAUAGGACAGCUUUUCUUUGGUGUUCCACCCAAGCAGACAUCAUCCUAUGGAGGAUUACUAGGAAAUCUUUUAAACAGCCUGAUGGGAACUGGAGAAGAUGAUGACACAGAAGAUGGUCAGGAAGACAGCAGCCCUAUUGAGCUCGACUGAAUGUUGUCAUUGGGUGCCGUGUAAAUCUGGUGAUUUGAUGACUCCAAAGACAGUUUUGGAAUUUGAAACCUGCAGUUGUUUCUUGGUGCCUAAAAGGGCUCCUCUGGUCUUUUAGAAAAGGUUGCUGAAAUGUUUAUAAUGUUCGGUCUAUAUUAUUUAUGUAAUAAAUGAAAGAAACCAACCAAAAGUAGCCAAAUGAACCAAUUGGAGCAGUUGUUAGCAGGUUUCUGAUACAGCAGCUGGUGACUUUGAUUCAAAUAUAGUCUUCUACGGUUUCUGAUGCAGUGUUCCCUUUGCACAGUCAUUCAAUAGAGCAUAAAUAUGGGUCUUGUACUUCACAGCCCACCCACUACCCUCUUUAUCAACAGAAAGCCUCCUUGACCUCUGCCACCCCCAAGGAAGAGCUGGAAAGGCAGAGUGAUCAGUUGAAUAAUUUAUUUGUGAGGCUGGUGCCAAAAAUACUGCAGGAUGAGCCAAGCAGCAUAAUUUGGCAUGCACAUUCAAGAGACAUUGAUCCCAAGAACUCACUUCCAGUGCCGUAAGUAGCAUGCACACCCUUCAUACUGCCUGGCACCCUCUUUAAGGUUGGGCUCUGGCUGAGCCCACACCUGUGUUCAGCCAAUACUUCCUGAAAAGCACAAGGAUGAAUUGCUCUUGAGUUAAAGCUGCUCAGUGGAACACAGGUAAUUGGCUUCCAUGUGGUUCUCUCCUGCCUAGGUAUAAAAAAAAUCUGGUGUCUAAAAUACCUCCUCUGGCUGGUGGCUCUCCUCCUUUGGAACAGGUUCUUUGUUUCAGUGUAAGUUCACAACCAUAGGCAAAGGUGGUGGUGUUUGUUUUAGUGAAUGAAAUGAUGGCCGUGAGCAUCGUGUGUGUUUGAACUGCAGCUGGAUGUAAAGAAAAGGGAUACUGCAGAACUUUCAGUUCUUUAUGAUAUAUUUAUUUUUCUUGGGUGAUUGAUUCAUUUAACACUUUCUGGAAAAAAAAAAAGGCAAAAAAAAAAAAAAAAAAAAAAGGCAAAAUCAACAAAUAAUGGAGUAACUGCAAGCCCAGUGGUAGGCAUAGCCAUUCUACAGCUCCUCCUCUUUAAUGCAGCACAGUGGAGAUGUCAGUGGUACCAGGAACAGAGGAACCAGUGGGAAAACGCUUUAUUUUUUCACAAUGGAAAAAAGGAAAAAAAAAAAAAAAGGCUUAGAUUAA